AUGGAUGUCGAGGCCCUCGUAGCCCAAAUGACCGAGAACUUGGCCGCCAUCCACACCACAAUCGCCGGACUUUCCACAAAAGAACACGAUGCGAAGCUGGACGAGCUAGAAGAGAAGCGAGACGCACUUCUCGAUGCCCUCCUCUCCGAAUACGAAGCCGAGCUCGAGGAGCUUACGGCCCAGCGAGCCAAAGAAGAAGAAGAAAUCACCGAGACCCGAAGGCGAGAGGACGAAGAGCGAGAAGCUCGCCGGAAGCAGGAAGAUGACGAGUUUCUUGCGCAAAAGGAUGCUCAGGAUGCCGAGCGAAGGGACAGACUCGCACGGGAAACCGAUCUCGUCGAAGAAGAGGCCGACGAAGGCAUCGAUGCCGUUGAGGCCGAGGUGCAGAAGCUCCUGCAGGAGGGACAGGCCAGGCUCACUGAGCUGGAGGAGAAGCGAAAGGAAAUCAACCGUUUGAUCGAUGAGCGGAUGAGCAACCCGAUACCCACAUUUGUGCCACGCAAACGCACGAGGGCGAAGACCGCCGAUGCCCCCGCCGACAUUCCUGUCGACACCGACGCCGCGGCUGAUGUCCCCGUCGAUGCCGCGCCGGCGGCGGAUCCGGACACGAAGGACGACCCUUCCGUUGACGAUGCUCCCGCUGUGGCGGCUAAAUCCGCUGCACCCACCAACGGCCUUCUUGCCAUCGAAGCUGCCCCCAAUGCCGACGCCCUGAAGGAUGAUGAUACCUCCGACAAGGACGUGUCGCUUGCGGACGACUCCACUACCAGUAAGGAUGAGGUUUCCUUUCCUAGCCCGGCCGGAGACGACAGUGGUAACGAUGUGAAGGCCCAUGAAGACGCUGCGGCGCCGGCCUCUGAAGAGGCGGUCGCGGAGCGAGGUGGCGAGGACACUGAACCUGCCGCCCGAGGUGUGGAUGUGGCGGCAGAUGCUGCCGAGGAGGACGAGCCUGUCGCCGGAAAAGCAGAAGAGAACCCCGAGGAUGAGGCGGAACCCAAAGAGACUGUCGAGACAAACGACGUGGUGUCCACUGAGGACUCCGAGACGCACGAAGAAACCAAAGACCAAUCGAUUGAUGUAUUGUCCGCAGACAGUACCAACACUCCCGCCGCAGCGGGAGAAAACGCUGAAGAGACUCCAGCCACAGGGGAUGACCAAUCCAGUAACGAGACUGUGUUGACCGAGAUCCCCGAACCUGAACCAGCAAAAGCCCAAGAUGCCGACGCCAGCGAGCUCAACGCUGAUCCUACCAAAACCUCCGACGUAGAGGAUGUCGUUCAAGAACGGAGCGUCUCCCCAGCUGCGGUCACGAACGCCGAUCGCUCGGAAGACACCAUGACGAAUGAUGCAUCGGAUGCCGAGUCUGUUGACGAUGCACUGCCAGCCGAUGACCCUGCCCGAGAUCUGGAGUGUGCGGAGAAGGCCGAGGACGCCAGCAACAGAGAUCAAAGCUCGGACGAGCCCACAGAACAGUCAGUGCCAGCUGCCGACUACUACCACACUCGUUCGCCAGAGCCUGAGACCCGUGACGAGGUUGACAUUGAGCCGACAACUGAGCGUGAAACAAGCGUCCUCGCCAACGACGAAGACGUUCCCACGCCUGAAGAGGUGUCCAAGUCCGAGUCUGCUGCAUUCGUCAACGACAAUGCCGCAGAGAGGGAAGCGUCUGUCAACUCAGGUGCCGAAGAGGACGCUGAGAUCGACCGAGAUGCAACGUCUUCAGUUCCGGUCGUGGCAAAUGGGGAGCCCACUACAGUCGCCAAUGAUGAGAUCUCAGCUUCCGAAGAGCCCGGCACAGCCCAAGAGAAGGACACGUCUUCAACAGCUGCCGACAGCGACGAAGAGGACAAGAUAACUAGCCCACUCGCUGUCGAUGACAGACCCGCGCCCAUUGUCGAGGUGAAUGAUGAUAUAGACGGGGUCUUACCAGCAGCUCACGACAGCAUCGGAACGGAAGACGACAAGCGCACACCCCAGCAUGACGCUUCCGACCAGAAGGCAUCCGAGCACGCUGACAUGGACACAUCUUCUCCUGCGACAACGACGGAAGUGCCUCUCCAAGACGAUAAGCUUGAAGAUGCGGAUGAAGUGUCUGCAGAAAAGCCCUCCAAUGUCGAAGAGGCGCCGGAAGCAGUGUCUGCAGAGAAGACAAUCGGCAGCAACCCAUCUGAAGAACAGGUUAGAACUGUCGAGGCAGACGAAGUUCUUGAAGAAUCCGAAAAGCCAAUCGAGGCGCCCAAGCCGGAAUCCGCGUCGGGUUCAGCCGUAGCCGAUGAAGAAUCGGAGGCGCAACUAGCACUUUCAACGAAGUCGGUCGAACCGGUUGAGGAUGACAUCCUGGCGACAGAGGAUGCUGGUCGACGUUCUGGGUCUCCGGUUUUCGCCGUGAAUGACCAGGACGAGCUACUGAAUCCCACACAGCUGAGCGCUACGAGGCCGGAGACUGAGCUGGAGGAGUCGGAGUCCAGUGAGGCAGAUGCUGCUGUCGAGUCUAAGGACGCGCAGGCCACCACUUCCGAUCUGACCACUAAGUCCAUGGACGCACCCCAGGUCCAGGAAGCACCGGGACAUAUUGAGGUUGCGGCACAGGCCGACUCAAUCGUGGACAAAGUUGUGACGGAUGACAAUGUUGAUCUGACAAGGUCAUUUGGUGACGCUUCGUCCGUAGCUGUUGGGCCUACUGUUCUGAACCAAGUCUCAGAGUCCGCAGCAUCCGACAGCUCUGAAAGGAUUUCUGAGCCGGAAGUUGUCAUCUCUUCGGCAGCAUCCAACGUGGGACAAUCCAUGAAAGAUUCCCAUACGCCAGACAACAACGUUGCCGGCAGCAGUACAUAUGAGAGGAGUGUCGGUAGCGAACCGAACUCCAGCUCCCCCGAAGAGGAGUCUUUUUUUGGGAUUCCAGAAGAUACCGCCUUGGACGACGAAGCAGACCUUCACAGCGGAGAAAGUCCUGGCAUAGCAAAAGUGUCCAGCUUACAUGGCGAGGCCGAUCAGUCGGCCGAUCGGCAACCCCCGAUUCUGGGCAACGAGCGGAGCAUACCGGUUGAAGAAAGCCAUGAGGAGUCAUCUCGCGCAAUCAACGAGCCGUCCUCGCCCCUUGCUGACCCCGAUACGCCCAUCCCGAGCAUUGAACGGGACUAUGACUCCUCAGAUGACGAGGCGGACGAUUUCGAAGCUGAUGCCAAAUAUGAACAGCAGAGGUCAUAUGCCCUCCCAGAAGAGACGCCGGAACCCAUCGAAGCCACGACGAGAUCUCCGGCCCCUCAAACAGCAACGACCCCGUCAGUGGAGCCCUUCAUUAGGGAUUUGGACUACGACGAUGAGGAGUCAAAGGUCGAGGAGCUGCUAUCCACCAUCAAGCCACAGGAUGCUUCUGUCGAACUUAGAUCGGCCGAACGUUCAGUCUCGUCGUCGUUGGAUGCCGGCUCGGCGCAACCCGACGACGAAGAAGCCUUUUCCACGCGCGACCUGUCGCCGGCGGAUUCCGCAGUUGACAAGACCAGCAUUCCCGACUAUUACAACACGCGGUCUCGGUCGCCCACUCGGGUCUCGGAGAAGUCGCAUCUCGACGCCGUCAUGGGUCCCGAGACUGGACAUGAGCAAGUGCAGCAACAAGACAGGCCGGUUAGCCCAGUCGCCCCUGAGUACAUUGAAGAUACGACUAUCAAGAGUUUUCGUGACGACGUGGAUGAACUUACGCCCGCAAUCGCAGCGGGCCAGAUCAAGAACACGGCUGCCCCGGCUGAGACCGACAACCUCGUCCCCAUGCCUCUCAAGACAAGAAAUUAUGCGGUCGCCGAAGACCCCGCCGUGGCUUACGACGAUUGGGACGCCUCCCCCGACGCCUCCGUCGACGGCGAGUCCCGGUUCUCCUCAACGAAGACGCCGUGGGAUGCCGCUCACGUUGAGCACGAGUCAGACGACAUGGCUGCAGCCGGACUGGAACUGAGUGACGAUGAGGAUGAAUUUCACCUCGAAUCUACCAGACUGCGGUCUGAACCAGCCAAACGGACGUACGACCUUCCUUCAAUGAGCCCUACCAAAUCUAGCUACGAUCUUCCCUCGAAGAGCCCGACCAAGUCGACGUAUGAUUUGCCAUCAAUGAGCCCAAUGAGGUCGAACCAUGAUCUCCCUUCGUCCAGUCGAGCUGCCGAGCCAGCUUCCGUCGAUGGCUACGAUUCGCGCGAGAGCUCGGAGCAGCCGAGUUCACUGGAUCUGUAUCAGGCAGAUGAUCGUGGCGAAUCCUCCUACGAGAAGCCUCGGGAAAAGUCGACAAAUUGGCAGCUUCCCGAAGACGAAGAGUCCGAGAGACACCGUUACUUCCGCACCCAUCUCCCCACGUCAAGCGACAUGAACCCCGCCAACUCAACGGUUCUAACGGACAUUCGUGGCCAGGAAACAGUGUUCGAAGACGGUGCCUACAGCACGGAUGCCAGUGAAUUCGACUCUGAAGUCGAGGCUGAGGCAGAGGUGGCAGCGAUGAAGAGGUCUGUCACCAGCCCAACAGAGCGGUUCGACGGCUUCGUCAGGGAACAGACCAUUCGUGUCGUUGACGAGCCCAACUCUGGUCCCAAGUCAUCAGAAAUGACGCCGCGGGCGGUGCAACCGACACCUCUUUUACUGCCCAGAUCAGAGAUGCGCGAUGCCGAACCCAGUCCUCUCGCCCUGCGUUACUCGCAAUCAUCCAGUCCCACGCGGGGUCUCGCGUACAGCAAGCACAACCCCGACCGCCCUCGGACGCCGCCAGAGUUUGACCCUGAAGCGUUCAUGCCAAAGGACGUCACGAAUGUGCCAUGGCAUGCGCGGCAUGACUCUGUGCCAGUUUCGCUGCGCAGUCAGAGCACGCUCGACACGGCGGCCUCGUCGCCCGUGCACUCGGCCCUGCAUGCUGACCGGUAUGAGCCUACGAUACGCGACUCGUGGCCCCGACGAGCACGUAACGACUCGAGCGCAAUGGAUGACUACGACCCGUUUCGCGAUGCUGGCGCAAAGUUCCCUCGGCAAACCUACGUCCCACCGGUAGCCCACCAGUCACCGCAACGCAACUCCAUGUCGAGCGUCGCACCCGGCGGGAACAAUACGGGCUCGCCGGGCAGCCUCUUCCACAAGAUGCGCAGCGUCUUUGAGAAGCCCGGGUCAGAUGCGCCACAUCCGUCUGGCACGUCUGCCUCAGAGACCGGGAGCCCGAUCAAAUCACGACCAGGCUCCGGUGUGUGGCCGCCGGUCAGGACGGCGCGGCCUCUGUCGGAUCUGCCAGAUGACAAUGGUCUGAUGGGCUACAAGCGGCAGAUGGGCCUGUUCAACGAGCGGGCCGAGGACCGCGACGAAAGGAGCGGGCUGCUCCGGAACGCGCGUAGCAGCUACGAGGGGUCAGGUUAUUGA